UCGAAUCUUGGCUAGCUGCAAGAUGAUGGACCUUAAGACUUUGGUCCUGCUAGCCGCAUCUCUGGCCAUCCUUGCCAGCCACACGUUUGCCGAUCCAGAUGAACUUGAGGAGCUUGAGGACUCGGAGUGUCCAGAGAAUCCAGAGAAUCCAGACAAUCCAGACAAUCCUAAUAAUGGCGGUGGCACUCGGGACGAUGAUAGUAGUCUAUGUGCCAAUUUCCAGCACAUUCGCGGUCUGAUCGAUCAGGUGGCCCUGCGAGAACUGAUCGAUGUGCAUUAUAAUUGUGACAAGAAAUUCCGGCGUGCCAUGCGAUUCUAUAAUACCUCGGGCUUCGUGGCCGUGACCCAGCAGCUGACAAAUACUUCUGCCUACCAAACCGUUCUUAAGCAACUCAAUGCAGCCAGUGUGGAUACCGCGGAUAUUACCACCGUGGCUGAGAUAUUCUACUGCAUAAUCCUGCCGGUUCAGAAUCCAGCUAAAAAAUGCAAUUGCAAGGCUGUCAAGUGCCACACCUUCGUGAACGAUCUGCUGAAUUUAAUGCCGCACCAGGCUGUCCAUAACUAUGUGGCAUGGUCUCGGUUUAAUCAGACUAAUUUUGGCAAUUUCACUAAGGCAGUGGUUUCCCAGGAGUUCCAGGCCACUCUGAAAGCCAAUGUAAAGAAGAGCGAUGUGAUAGUGCCAUUACGCACCCUUCGCAAAAAUGGCUGGGACAUCCCGGAGCUGCUCCGCGCCAUGUUGACCAUUUUCCAGUGGUGACCGGUCCACUCGCCGUCCGUUUGAGUGUCUCGCUAUUGUAUGUAAACCCAAUAAAGCAACAAGUGAAAGGAAA